AUGGGUUAUGACCGAUAUGUUGCUAUAUGUGACCCCCUGAAUUACAGCAGAUUCUUGACAAAAGAUAUAUGCAUUAAAAUUGUGGGUGGAGUUUGGCUUCUUGGAUUAUUUUGUGCUAUACUGAAUAUACUACCCUUGCUAAAUCUUCAUUUUUGUGGCAACAAUAUAAUCAGACAUUAUACUUGUGAGCUUCCUUCUGUCUUGGCAUUGUCUUGUGGAAAUACCUUCACAAAUUAUAUUAUUCUACUAGCAUCUGUGAUGGUAUUUACUUUUGGCUCAUUUCUCAUCACACUUGUUUCUUAUAUUUACAUCAUUUUAACUAUUCUGAAAAUUAAAUCAGCAGAAGGCAGGCAUAAAGCUUUUUCCACAUGCAGUUCCCAUCUUAUUGUUCUGGGCUUAUUUUACAUUUCAGGUUUGAUUCGCUAUGUGAAGCCAAGUACAGAAUCAUUUAUGGAUCUGGACAAAAUAAUCUCUAUUCAAUAUAGCAUUUUAACUCCUAUGUUAAACCCCAUCAUCUACAGCCUGAAAAACAAAGAGAUCAGAUCUGGUCUAGAGAAACUAUUUGGAAAGAUUAGGCCCAUUCUUUACCGAAAAAACAAUAUUCAUAAUUUUUGA